AUGACCCUCCCAGCUCAUCAUACAAAGCAUCUGCCCAUCCUCGAAACCCGUUUCCAAUCCUCAGCUUUCUCGCUCUCACAGCGCGCAGAUGGCAUAUCAAACGGAACAGCGCUCUGGCUCGGAGCACAGGUCCUCUCCUCCUACCUCGCAGACGCCCUUCCCGCUCCCAAGCCCUCUGCGGACGCGCACAGACCAUGUAUACUCGAGCUCGGCAGCGGCAUCGGUUUCUCCGCCCUCGCUCUCGCGACCCUCGGGUACGACGUACAGGCCACCGAUACAUCACAUGUCAUAGCAUCUGUACUCGAACCAAAUAUCACUGCCAACGCGAAGCGGCUAUCGCCCAACGCUGGCCGCAUAUCCGUCCGCGAGCUCGACUGGACAGUGCCGCCCGAACACUGGAAUUGGGAUCACGCCAGCACCAUCGCUUCUCCGGCCGCCCUCACGCCCUCAUCUGCGCCCGCAGAUCCUACAAAUAUAGCGACUUUCAAUCUUCAAGAACGCUCAUACCCGCAUCCGCCGUUCGCAGCCAUCAUAUCCGCUGAUACACUUUAUGAGCCCGCGCUCGUGACGCCCCUCCUGCGCACCCUCCACGCCGCCGCAUCCCUCAGCCCAAGCGCGAGCUCUUCAUCGCGCUCGACGCCAGUCUUCCUCUGCGUUGAGCGCCGCGAUCCGGCCGUGAUUGACGCGGCGUUGGAGGAGGCUGUGAACGUGUGGCGAUUCUCGCUUGAACGCGUGCCCAAGAGAAAGCUGAGCAAAGCACUCGAUCGGGCGGGAUUUACAGGGUGGAAGGCGGAAGAUUGGGAUGGGAUGGAGGUCUAUAAGCUCGUGUUGAAGGGCGGUAGCCUCACCAGGCAACCGACCAUAUCGACCGGAUAG